GGCCGCAGCGGCAACCGGGAAGGUCGGAGGGAGGGUGGUUUCCUCCAGCCCCACACCCAGUCUCGGAGCCGGAUAUAUAGAGUGUCACGUUUGGGAGCCGAAAGCCGAGAGCGCUUUCCCCGCGGCUGGAGUACUUGCCGGAGCCUCGGGGAAGGACCGGGAUUCACAGGAUCACUGGUUGAACCCCACCCGCGUCGGAGGAGCAGGAACCUCUUUCUGGAAUUCUAAAAGACAAAGAGAAGAAUCAUGUCCAUGAUUGCAGCCUUCUAUAGUGGCAAGUCCAUUCUCAUUACUGGGGCCACAGGCUUCAUGGGCAAAGUGUUGAUGGAGAAGCUGUUUCGCACCAGCCCUGACCUGAAAGUCAUUUAUAUCCUUGUGAGGCCAAAGGCUGGCCAGACGACACAGCAGAGGGUUUUCCAGAUCCUAAAUAGUAAGCUGUUUGAAAAAGUCAAAGAAAUUUGUCCAGACGUGCAUGAGAAGAUCAGAGCUAUCUAUGCAGAUCUCAAUCAGAAUGACUUUGCCAUCAGCAAGGAGGACAUGCAAGAGCUUCUCUCCUGUACAAACAUUGUCUUCCACUGUGCAGCUACUGUGCGCUUUGAUGAUCAUCUGAGACAUGCCGUGCAACUUAACGUCACUGCUACCCAGCAGCUCUUGAUUAUGGCCAGUCAGAUGCCCAAGCUUGAAGCCUUCAUACAUAUCUCCACUGCCUUUUCAAAUUGUAACCUGACGCACAUCGAUGAGGUCAUCUACCCGUGCCCUGUGGAGCCAAAAAAAAUUAUCGACUCCAUGGAGUGGUUAGACGAUGCUAUUAUUGAUGAGAUCACACCCAAGCUGAUCGGGGAUCGCCCCAAUACUUACACGUACACCAAGGCCUUGGGAGAGAUGGUGGUGCAGCAGGAGAGCAGGAACCUAAACAUUGCCAUCAUAAGGCCCUCCAUUGUGGGAGCAACCUGGCAGGAGCCUUUCCCGGGUUGGGUUGAUAACUUAAAUGGACCUAGUGGGCUCAUUAUUGCGGCUGGGAAAGGGUUUCUUCGGUCCAUAAGAGGUGCUCCGAUGGCUGUGGCAGAUUUAAUUCCCGUUGAUACAGUCGUCAAUCUCACCUUGGCUGUGGGAUGGUACACAGCCGUUCACAGACCUAAGUCAACAUUAAUCUACCACUGUACAUCUGGUAACCUCAAUCCUUGUAAUUGGGGCAAAAUGGGAUUCCAAGUCUUGGCAACCUUUGAAAAAGUCCCAUUUGAGAGAGCUUUUAGGAGGCCAAAUGCAGACUUCACAGCCAACACCAUCACAAGCCAGUACUGGAAUGCAGUCAGCCACCGGGCCCCUGCCAUCAUCUACGACUUCUAUCUGAGGCUCACAGGAAGGAAGCCCAGGAUGACAAAGAUCAUGAAUCGGCUUUUAAAAACUGUUUCCAUGAUAGAGUAUUUUGUCAACCGGAGUUGGGAAUGGAGCACGUACAAUACGGAAAUGCUGAUGUCUGAGCUGAGUCCUGAAGAUCAGAGAGUAUUCAACUUUGAUGUGCGCCAACUGAACUGGUUGGAAUACAUUGAAAAUUAUGUUUUAGGAAUUAAGAAGUACUUAUUGAAAGAGGAUAUGGCUGGGAUCCCAGAAGCAAAACAACAUUUGAAAAGGCUCCGAAAUAUUCACUACCUCUUUAAUACUGCCCUCUUCCUCAUCGCCUGGCGCCUUCUCAUUGCAAGAUCUCAGAUGGCUCGGAAUGUCUGGUUCUUCAUUGUGAGCUUCUGUUAUAAAUUCCUCUCCUACUUUAGGGCAUCCAGCACGCUUAAGGUCUAAGAACACUGGGCAAGCUUUUAUCUGGAACAUUUUGGAUACCUCUAAAACAGCAAACUGUGGUUCUCAAGAUUAGGAAGUAACGAAGAAUAUGCCCAAGCUCAUUACCUGUCAAAUGUGUUGUCAUGUCUUCAUCUCUGUUUCUUACCUAUAUAUUGUUUUCAUUUCAGUGAGAGAAGGAAAGUCAUAUCCUAGCCUAUAAUCAUACAUAUCAUAGGAAAAAUUAUUUCCAGAUUGCUUCCUAACACUCCAUUCUGUGCCCUUGAAUAUAAAACACCAAAGUACAUUUAUCUGUCCAUAUUUAGGUUUUUUCCUUUGAGAGGACUAAUUUUGACUCCAUGAACAUGGAAGAACACAUGAUAGAAGCUGAAAUAUGCUAAAAGGCAGUUCUAACCUUGGAAUCAUUCUGAGGUACCC